AUGCAGAUCUGCAUAUUCAUGCGCGUGGCUCUGGAUAACGACCGCACACAGGCGUAUAGAUUACACCGACGGAGGCAGGGAAAGAGAGGGGCUGUGACACAGACGCGACUUUGCCCCCGACCCGUGCCCCGUGACCUGGCCGGAAGCGUGGCAUCGAACCGCGUGAGAAUGAUCGGCCUGGCCUGUAGAAGCAGGGACCUCCGCGCCGACUCCUCCCAACCCAGCCUUCGCUUUGCAGUUCUCUGUUCCUUAUCAUGCAUGACCUCUUGCAAUGUGGGCAGCGUGGUAGUGCGCUACCACAGUGGCGUGGAGGCGCGGCGCGCGUGCCUGGGGUCAUCGGCGGUGGUGCGCGUGGUGCGGCUCAGCGAUGGCUCGGCCUCCGACUCCUCCGAGGACGAGAGCCUGCACCCUUCGCUCGCCCUCCAGCGCUGCCUCUCGUGCACGAAGCUCCUGCGCUUCACGCUCACAAAUUUCUCAGCGCACGGGCUGCGGCGGGGGAUGUUCUUCCAGCCCGACCCGUACGUGAAGCUGCGGAUCCUGCCUGGCGAAUCACAGACGCUGCUGCCGCACCACGGUCAGGAGGCGCGCUCGGCCGUCGCGGAAAACACCGUCAACCCUACCUGGAAGAGGCAGGACUUCACCUUCGUGGCCUACUUACACGACAUUCUGGAGGUGGAACUGAAGGACAAGUUCGCCAAGAGCCGCCCCAUCAUCAGCCGCUUCCUGGGCCGCCUCACCAUCCAGGUGGCCACGCUCAGGGAGAGGUGCAAGGCCGGCGCCCCGGGACUGCUGGACUUCCCGCUGAGCAGCAAGAACACGGUGGACUCGGUGAGCGGCCACAUCUACUUCAGCGUUACGUUUGCGCCGGCGGCGAGCGGCAGCGGCAGUGCUUGCACGGGCCACGGGGGACUCGAGUGCCCUGGCGAGGACCCCAGCAUGAGGCUCACCGACAGUGCCGUCAUCGAGAGCCUCGGGCCCCCGGACCUGCUCUCCAACGGCCACAUGGGCGGCUACAAGAAGAACGUGUUCCCGCUCAGGGCCGGCAGCAGCAGCAACAACAACCCCGUAAUAAACAACGGCGUCGGGACCGGCUGCAGCGCAGACGGCGUCGUCGUGAACGGAGACAUGCUGCCGGAGGACGUGGCGGCCAACAGCGGCGAGGGCACGGACGCUGCUGGCAGGGAGUCCGACUACUCGCCCAUUUGGAAAUAUUCGUGCAAAGUUCCUAAUGUUACCACAAAACCGGAUGCAAGUGAACCCAGUGGCGAAGAAGCCAUUUAUGAAACCGUUUACCCAGCAGAAGACUACCAGAGUCAGGAGAGCGAUGCUGCUGGACUAAGCGCGGGAGUCAGCUGUGAUUCUAGUCAGCCUGUCAGCGACGACGACUCUCCGCCUCCCCUUCCUCCCAGGACGAAGUCGCUCCUGAAGUCGCUCGCGGACUCCGGCCACAGGCCCCUCGAGAGAUCGAUAGCCUUGUACCCAACAGUGGUCAAGAAACGGCCCAUGCCCCUGCCGACGGGCACCGCCGGCGAGCCCACGAAGGCGCAGACCAUCUCCUGCACGCCAGGGAAAGUCCAUAACGGCGUGAACGAGCCGAGCGUGCGCCCCAAGGUCGGCCACCUUAGUGCUAGCUCACAGUCCAGCUGUGAUAGUGAGAGUAGUGGGGCAAGCUUUGGCGAAGUAAGAAGAAUGCAAUGUUCCAUGGAAGGACCAUUUUCUUAUGAUAUUGUUGAUAUAGAUGAUGUUUUGCAAAUUUCUGAAUUUUCAAGUAAUCAAAUUGAUGUAGAUAGCCAGUGCCAAGCAACAAAAUCCUCAACUCAGGGACCUCACUCUUCAUUGCAAUCUUCUUCCUGUGCUUCCAUGGAAAGUGAAAUGUCGGAGGACAUUGCCAGGCCUUCCACGCUGCAGAGUUCGCUGGACGAGGCCAGCGGGACGUCUCUCUCUUCCACCGACAACAGCUACAAGGAAGAGGCCUGUAGCGCAGUGGCCCCUCUUGCAACGCCAGAGCAAGAUUGUAGUCUUUUGCAGGAGGCUGCAUCCACUGACACAUUGCUGGAAAACUCUGAGGAAGUUUUAGAGGCUGAAUUCGCUGUUUGUGGCAACAGAGGACCAUAUUUGUCAAGAAGUUCCACAAGUAGUGAAAUAGCGGUAUCCUCUCCUGCUAGCUUUAAUCAUCACAUGCCUUCUUUGCAUAAGAUGGCGAGGAACCAAAGUGAUUCUGUAUCUAGUCCAGUUGAAGAUCUGCGCGAGUGUACUUCUUUGUUAAGUGCUCAAGAGAGGCAGAUCGCAGAUGACGAAGCCAGUGCUAGUAGAGAAUCAGAUCUCACUUGUAGGAGAAGGGAUUCUGCAACUCAUGGUUUUCUUCGUGGCAAUGAAAUGACCAUCGCAGAAGAGAUGAGGAUGCUUGCGAAUUGUGACACGGCUCAUCAGGAUGACACACAUUCCGACGGGACAGACCACGAGGGCUCGUCUGCCGUGGGCCCCUCCAGGAAGGGGUCGACGUCAACCAGGUCUCCUUCACCCAGAUUAGCAGACUGCCUCCCAGUCUCGAAUUCAGCGUCGGAGUCGCUCUCUCUCGCGAGCGGCUCGGCGACAUGCUCAGUGUCGUCCCAGCAAGGGGAGGAGGGCCUCACAGGGCUGGAACCGACGUGCAUGGUCGUCAGCACAGAGAGCUCCUCCUCAAACUCCGUGUUUGCCAGUCCCACGGCAGAAACCAACGACUUGAACAUUGAGUCGUUGCCUUCCGCGUCUUGCUCUGCGGAUAUGAACAUUCCUCGAGAGGCGUCGCAGGAGGCGCAGGCUGCGGCAGCCGAAGCCCAGGAGCCGAGCGUCCGGCCCAGAAGAGAAGCCGUCUCGCAGAACGUCAGCUUGAACGAAGACGAGGACAUUCCUCCUGCAGUUCCUCCACACAAGCCCCACCACCGCCUCCUGAAGGCCUUGGUUCAUCCGCCUCUCUGCCCUCCCACCCCAACGCACCACGCCAAGCCGCAGCCCCCGGAACGCACAACCAGCGACAAAAGAGAGCGAGAGGCGAGUUUCAACCCAAAGGAGGACGCGAGAGAGAGGGACGACAAGCCCGGGUCGUCGCACCACCCCAAGCUGUCCCGUCAGCCGUCGUUGCGCGACUGGCUGAGAAGAUACCCCAAGGUGGAAGUGGCUUUCGAUGAACCUCUGCCAGCAAACGUGGAGGCGCGGAAGGACAGUCACGGCAGGAUAUUCUUCAUUGACCAUGUGGCCAAGACGACGUCCUGGGAAUGGCCGCCUCCCAAGCCUCUGUCGACGCACAGACCUCUCUUCUUUGUGCCGCAAGUUGAUAAUGAGAAAAGGAGAUCCCUCUGUGAUAGUGGAGAAAGCGAGUGCAGCAGCAGCCGCACCAGUAGUAGGGUUGGCACCCCCGAGCCGUCUACUCCGUCAACGCCAAAUAUCCUGGGGACUACAGGAUGUCUGAGUCCUGACCACUGCCUAGGGAACGAGGGAGCCGUGGCACCCCCUCCGCCUCCACCGCCAGCACUGUCUCCACCCCCGGCGGCCGUCAGCAGCGUAGUAGGAGGAGCGGCCACGGCGUUGAGCACCUCGGCGUCGACCCCCAUGCCGUCGGUAGCCACCUCGCCGACCACGGCUGGCCUGCCUGGAACCACGGCUAUGCAGGACGGCAGCGACGGCGACCGAAGGAGGCUGGACGAAGGCCAGGAGGAGGAAGAGGAAGAGAAGGCCCCAACGCCUCCGCCCCGGCCGCACCACAGGCUCGCCCGGCCAACGCCUCCCCUCCCGCCCCCCCUCCCACAACAGUGCCCCCCCACGCCCACGCAUCAUCGAAGGCCGCAUCACAGCGCGAGUGAUCAGGACGGAGCCGUCCACCCUGAGCGCCACAGCCGCACGAUGCGCCUGCCUUCCAUCCCCGAGAGAACCAUCAAGUUCCAGCGGGUGGAAAUACAGCCGGGAGAAGAGCCUUUACCAACAAACUGGGAGGCGAGGAUCGACAGCCAUGGGAGGAUCUUCUACAUUGACCACGUGAACAGGACGACGACGUGGCAGCGGCCCUCGGGCAACGACUCGGCCCAGACGCAGCGCACGCAGUCCACGGACCAGCUCCAGCGCCAGCAGCUGGACAGGCG